AUGUCGCAACUGGGCACGGACACCAGCAGCGGCGAGGCGGUGCCGUCGUCCUCUGCGUCGUCGAGACGCGACGGGAGCGACCUGACCGUGCCGGCCACGCCGCCCAUCGCCCACGCACGUGCCGACGCCGACAGUACGUCGUCCACACGAAACUCGUCCCAUUUCACGCCCGAUACCUCGCAGCAAACCGCCGGGACUUCCUCCAUCUCCGACCGUGCCACGGCGUCGCUAGACUUGUCGACGACGACGACGACGACAACGCUGCCCCAAAUCAUUCCCGACUCGCAAGAAUCCGCGUCCAUGGCCGGCGGUGACACAAGGCCGGCCGCUGACAUGCGCAGCCAUGGAGGGGCCGACGUCAAUGGCUGGGCCGCACAGUCGUCGCUGCAGCAGCUGUCUGUCCUCGCACAGGAACGUGCCGACCAGGAGCAGGAGGCGGACGCGGCGGCCUCGCGGAAACGCAUGGCCAACGGCGAGGUCAAGACGCGAAGUAGGAGCAAUAGCCCGAUUAAGGGCCAUGUCAGAAGUGUCAGUGCCAUAAGCACGACUUCGACAGGAAGCCAUAUUGGUGAUAUGUCAGCGGAUCUCAAGACGCGGCUAGCCUAUGCCAUGAUCAAGGUUAACAACGGCUGGCAGUCGCGCUCCCUCGAUGAGGUCGAGUCUCUCGCGUCUCAGGGUGCUUCACCCGUCUCGAGCAACUCGACGCUCCAUGGUCGCCAGUCCUCCUCCUCCAGUCCCCGACCACGGCCCACGUCCGCGGCGCAGGUGCACUUUGCGCUCGAUCCCGUUGAGCCUCGCCGCAAGUCGCACUCGCCUCCCGGGCGCGCCUCCAGCAAGCCUUCUCUCGCUCCUCCAGCCGCCAUCCAGCCCUCCCUAUCCAGAUACGCGGGGAACAGCCGUCGCACGCCCAUCGCACGACAUCCUCCCGCGCUUCUCACACACUCACACUCGGCCUCGGCUGCCAGUCGCUCCUCGCCGCGGCAGCACGCACACACGAGCGUCUUGUCAUCAUCGCAACCAGCGCGCUCCGCGGAAGCCAUGGUGUACUCACCACACGCCAGCAUGCGAGAGCAGGACGCCAUUGAAACGCUCAUCUUUAUGAGCAGCCCCAACAACUCCACUAAUCUCCGACACGCCUUCUCGCCGUCCGUCUCCCCCGCGCCGCCUCAGCACGGGUACGUGCAUGACAGUGCCCAUCGCCACGGCACGGCGUCCAGCAGCUUCCGCAAGGGCCUUCCCGGUCAGCGCCCGGUCGGCCCCCAACGGCGGGUGGGCUUUGAUCCGUCGCCCGCCAUGGGACCGCCUGGCUCGCCCAUGGAUUUGGACUCGCCCCAGCAACAGCAGCAGCCGUACCGCUCGCCCCACGGGUGGACGCCGAAACGGCGCGCGAACGGGGCCAGCGGCCACUUGCGCGGCGCGCUAUCGUUACCCAGUGGCCUCGGCCUCGGCGGCGGUCGUGCGCGACCGGCGCUGCUAGACGAGGAGAUUGACCGCAUACUGGACCGUGCAGCUGCCGACAGCUCAGAUGAUGAAGACAUUCAGCUGCCGCCGAGAACAAAUGGCAUGGCCGAUGCAGUUGGUAUCUGA